GUGAUUUGGGAAAAACAGCUUCAGCCUCUUGAGAUUGAAGGUGGAGGGAAAAUGGCUGCUCUGCACUGGGAUCAGAGGCUUUUCACCUUAGAGGACAUGGCUGUGCAUUUCACUGAGGAAGAAUGGGCGCUGCUGGAGCCUGACCAGAAAGCUCUGCACCGAGAGGUCAUGGAGGAGAUCAAUGGGAUUUUGGCCACUCUUGGUGACGAGUGGAGAAUCAUGGAUAAAAGAAAACCAAGUACAAACCCAAGAUUUCACCAAGAAGGGAAGCCGUACGAAUGCUCAGAGUGUGGAAAGGCCUUCAGGAUGAAGACAAAUCUUACCACUCACAAAACAACACACAUGGCUGAAAACCGGCACAAAUGCUUGGAGUGCAGAAAGCAUUUCACCCAAAGUGCACAACUGAGCAGGCAUCAAAACACUCACAUGGGGGAAAAACCAUAUAAAUGCCCGGAUUGUGGGAAAAGCUUCAUUUGGAAGACAAAUUUAGAGAGGCACCAGAGGACUCACACGGGGGGAAAGCCCUUUAAAUGCUUGGAAUGCGGGAAAAGGUUCGUCGAGAAUUCGGCCCUGAUUACUCACCGAAUGAUUCAUAUGGAGGAAAAACCGUACAAAUGUUUGGAAUGUGGGAAGUGCUUCAUGUCGAAUAUGCACCUGAAUGUCCAUCAGAGAAUCCACACAGGGGACAAACCAUACACAUGUUUAGAAUGUGGAAGGAGCUUCAGCGAGAGCAGUAAUCUCGCUUCCCAUUGCAGGACACAUAGUGGGGAGAAACCGUCCAAAUGUUUGGAAUGCGGAAAGUGUUUCAGUUCAGAGAGACACCUCAAUGUUCAUCAAAGAACCCACACAGGUGAGAAACCCUACCAAUGUUCAAAAUGCGGAAAGAGUUUCAGCAUGAGCGGUAACCUUGCCUCCCACCAGAGAAUUCACACCGGCGAGAAACCCUACCAAUGUGUGGAGUGCAGCAAAUGUUUUACUCGCAGUUCUGACCUUACCAAACACCGAAAAAUUCACACGGGGGAGAAGCCGCGUGCGUGCCCCACGUGUGGAAAGUGUUUCACUUGCAGUUCGGAUCUCCUGAAGCACAAAAAGACUCACACUGGUGAGAAGCCUCAUAAGUGCUCCGAGUGCGGUAUAGGCUUUGCUCGUAGCUCGGACCUAAUCAAGCAUAAAAAAAUCCACACAGGGGAGAAGCCCCAUCAGUGUUUGGAAUGUGGGAAGGGCUUCAUCACGAGGACCAAACUGAGCCUGCACAAGCGAAACCACACGGGGGAGAGGCCGUUUCCCUGCCUGGAGUGCGGCAAAUGUUUUAUUCAAGUCGCCCAGCUAAACCGGCAUCAAAAAACUCACACAGGAGAGAGGCCAUACAAAUGCUUAGAAUGCGGCCAAAGCUUUGUGCAGAGUUCUUCUCUUACCACCCACCAGAUCACUCACACGGGGGAGAAACCCUUCAAAUGCUCGGCGUGUGAAAAGUGCUUCAGUUCGAGCACCCACUUACGGAGGCACGAAAGGACACACUCGGGAGAAAAGCCGCAUCGGUGCUCGGACUGUGGCAAGUGCUACAGCGAGCGGGCCGAACUAAGCCGACAUCAGAGAUCACACAGCGGGAAGAAGCCGUAUCAAUGCCUGGAAUGCGGGAAAAGCUUCACACAGAGUUCUUCUCUGAUUACCCAUCAGAUCACUCACACGGGAGAGAAACCCUAUAAGUGUCUAGAAUGCACGAAGUGUUUCAAUUCAAACACACACUUGCGCAGGCACCAACGAACCCAUACGGGGGAAAGGCCCUACAAAUGCGCAGAAUGCGGAAAGUGCUUCGCUUCCAACUCCCACCUCUGUCGCCACGAGCGAACCCACACCAGGGAGAGACCGUUCAAAUGCCCGAAGUGCGGGAAGAGUUUCAAUGUGAGCAGCAACCUCACUUCUCACCAGAGGAUUCACACGGGCGAGAGGCGCUACAAAUGCGCGGAGUGCGGGAAGGGCUUCCUUCGCAGCUCUCACCUGAUCAUACACGAGAGGAUUCACCGGGGAGAGAAGCCAUAUAAAUGCUCAGAGUGCGGGAAGUGCUUCAUCACGAAGAUCAACCUCAGCACCCAUGAAAAAAAUCACACGGGGGAGAAAUCGUACAAAUGCCUGGAGUGUGGGAAGUGUUUCAAUUGGAAUGCCCACCUCAGUACCCACCAGAGAACUCACACGGGAGAGAGGCCUUACAUGUGCUCGGUGUGCGGGAAAAGUUUCAGCGUGAGCAGCUCCCUCGUGACCCAUCAGAGAAUUCACACCGGGGAGAAGCCGUACAAGUGUUUGGAAUGUGGCAAGUGCUUCAGUUCAAACACACACCUCCGCAGGCAUGAAAGAACACACAUCAAAGAGAGGCCCGGUGCAUGCUGAUAAGUGGGGUAAGAGGAUAAAGGAUAAUGUUCAGGAAUCACGAAAUUCCUACCAGGAAUAUAGAAAAGGCUCGACUCUCCAAUGGCUGUUUUAAAACUUCACAUGGUGGUACUGCCUAAAAAAGAUCAAGUCUCUUUCAAAUUAAGCUCAAAGCUAUGGUUUUCCCUGCAGUAAUGUCUGGCUGUGACGGGUGGAUGGUAAGGAAAGCUGAGUGCCAAAAGAUUUGACGCUUUCAAAUUGUGGCAUUGGAGAAGACUCUUGGACUCCAAGGAGAUCAAAUCGGUUGCUGUUGAAGGAAAUCAACCCUGGUUGUUAUUUGGAAGGACAGAUACUGAAGCCAAAGCUCAAAUACUUUGGCUGCUAAAUGAG